AUGGCAUGGCCGGCAGGCCAGGGAAGGAUACCCGAUGCGACGUUGGCGAUGAGAUUCGGGGCGUGGGGAUGGGAAAACUCGAUGCGAGGGGUCUCAGAUUCGGGCACAGAGGCAUGCGAUGUCUGUCUGGCUGGCUGGCCCACGGUACGGGGCAGCCAAGUACCGUCCGGCGCCGGGCCGGUCGGGAGCAAGACGCCACGGGAGUCGUACCACGGCCCUUGGCGCCACUCACGGGAUGGGAUAGGCGACAUCAAGGCCCCGGGAGUUUGGGUGUCUGGACGGCAGAGGCAUGGCGGCGGCGAAAAAAAGACGAUCCAGUAA